CAGAAAGGAAUGCAGAUCGAUAUGUUGAAAAGGAACUUUCCUCCACCUGGCGGGGAGGAGUCUGUGUGUGUGAGCACAACUACCGAUGAAAUAUACGAGAAGAAAUGUGAAGUAACUCAAAAGAUAAAAUUUAUGCCAUAUCGUGGUGCAGGUUACAGCACCUUCUACCAACGAUAUUGGGUUGGCCGGAACAACAAGACCAUACAAACAACACCGUUCACCACACUACCACACGCAAAGUAUGAACUUCUGGCUUCUGGCUCGAACUGUGCCGUAGUUAGUGUGACCUUUAUUGGAGAUUCGGCCGAUACGACCACUAGCCAUAGCGACGGAGCAAAGGGAACACAAUGUGUUCUAUGGGUGAUGCACAAGGAUGUUCGUAAGCCAGAUGAGUGCUGCAAAAAGUACUUUGAAACAGAAUGUACAACUGGAACGCCAGAAGAGGUGUACAGUCCAGAUGAAUGUGAUACCGGCUCACGAAUAGUAUCAGUUUAGACGAAAAGAGACUAGCAAAACCAGCAGAAUGUAACAAUUCUUUAUUUCUCACCGGUAAAAAUAUCCCAAUAAAAGCUGCGGAAGCAAAAUGUUGGCUACAGUCAUACUCGCUGUCAAAAUUUGCGUAUGCUUGAUUUUGCAACGUUCAUUGACAUUACCGGCGAAAUUAAUUGAGCCUAAUCGCGGAGCCGUUCAGGAGUCCUAAACAAAAACAUGCUGUUUGGCUGACGCAGAUAAACAGAGACGUACCUUGCACAUAGCAACUACCUGAAAAUAAAAUUUACAACACAAGUAAUACGCCGAAUAAGCAGGGAAAAGGAGUGACAAAAUACAAACGCAUAUAAAAACGUCCCAGACAAGAGUAAUUGAAGGUGCUUGUGAAGCGAACAUCGUAGUUCAAAACGAAAGUCCAUAUAAAUGGCUUCUCUCGGUGAAAGUUUCUGCAAUAAGUAAAGUUGCAAUGAAAGCUUUUUGCGCCGAGCACCGAUUUCCCUCUACAAUUGUGGCUCCUAUUUUAGAGCUCAGUCUAUCAGUGAGCUUAGAGACAGAGCUGGUCUAAUGACGGUGAAACGAAAAAUGCAACAUAAUGGACUGCUAUUCUUUUUUCACAUACUGAAUGAAGACUACAGGGUUCACCUAAGGGAACACAUCGCACUACAGCCAUUUACCACAUCCAGAACAAAACGCUCGAAACAUAUCACACCACCUAGCUACUGAACAUAUUUAUACAAGUAUUCUUUUUUGGUUCGGAGCAUCGAUGACUGGAAUCGAUUGCCUCAAUACAUAGUCGAACAAUGCGAUUUACAAAGGUUCGAAAAGGCUUUGUCAGAAUAUUUGUAACUAAAUAGCUUGUUCCUUGUUGGUUGAAUAUGUUCAAUGUACUGUAUCAAUAUGUUCAAUAUGUACUAUGUCACUUUAAAUAUUUUUUCUCUUUUUAUUCUUUCUUUUUUGGAAACGUGUACGGAAUGUAUUCGAAUAUGUUUCUUUUUAUCGGUGACCUAUGCGGGAUGUAUUCUAAUAUAGUUUUGCGUUUUGUUUUAUUAUUUUCAUAUAGUGUGCCUUCUUGAGCGUACCAUGUGAAAUUUGUUUCCACAGUUGUUCUUUGUACAUGUCAGCUAUGUAACCCCAACUCCUGUCUUGGCCCUUGGGCGGACAGUAUGAAUAAAUAAAGAAAUAAUUAAAAAAAAUGUUUGACCUUUGGAAUGACUUGUAGAGAUUUCUCCUUUGCUGCAUGCAUUCUCCAUGAGAAUGACAGCUGAGAAUAUUGUACAUUCAUUAUUAGUAUACUUUGACUAGAUAAGAUAAUGCAACUCCUCUAACAUAGAGACGGCUUGGCCAUGCUGUUCAUAGAGGAGUAGACUGACAUAUCAGAUUUGCACAUGUAACAGGAAAAAAUAGCCUAUAAGGAUCGCAAGCGCUCUGUCAGACUGUGAUUGAUUGCAGCUAAUAAUCCUUGGAUUAAAAGAGCUAACUCAUGAAUUACUCAAAUGCAACCGACUACAGUUACGUUACUUUCCUUUCAGUUCUAAGCCCGCCUCGUUGAACGAUUGUGACACUCCUGUGGGAGUGUCACAAUCGACAGCGCAACGGAGUCAACACGGACAGAAAGAAGAGAAGGACACAGCGCUGAACUCACAACUAAAUUUAUUUUCGAAAAGAAAGAACAUAUAUACAGAUCAAUGAGUCACCAAGACCAAGCACGGGUGUAACAACACAAACAGAAUAAUCAUGUCUUG